AUCCCGGAGCUGGCCGGAUUCUGGAUGCUGUCGUUCCUGCUGCAACUGCCCCUUCAACUAUUCCUGCUGGCCAACGAGGGUGUGCGCCCGACGGGGGUUGAGCGGGCCGUGCAGGGCGUCGAGGUGGCCCUUCUCCUGGCCCAGCUCGGCACCGGCUUCGUGGCCCUCCGCACGACCGCCGCCCACCAGGCCCACAAGUUCCACCUGGCCCAGUUCCUCGCCCCCGGGCCGGGCGCCUUCAAAGAGGCCGCCGGCAGCACGCCCGACGCCCCGCGCGACGAGGACCCCUUCCACGACGUCCGACGCAACCCGCGAGGCACCGAGAACCCCUUCGAGGACAUGCAACGCAACCUUCUCGUCUCCGACCAACUCUUCCGGGACGCCGAACGCAUCCCCCUCGCUAGCAUUUCAAGAGGAUCGUCCACCAAAACUGAUUAACACCAACGAUCAGAAAUGGGCCAGAAGACGAGGUCUCAACUAGGAUAAUACACCGAAAAAAAGAUGCUGAUUCAAUAUUCUGGAUUUAAAACAGUGUGCAAAAACUCACAUACUCACAAAACAGUGAAUUAACCGCUACAGCAGUUACUUUAGCAAUGUCGAGAUGUAAAACUAACUGCUGCGGCGGUUAAUUCAGCGUUU